AUGCCGCAUCCAGUUGAAUAUUAUUUCGCUGAUGCUGACAGAUGUGACAGGUCCCUGCCCUCGAGAAGAAAGAUCAGGAGGACGAGAAUACAGCGUACGGAGCGGAGUCGGGGUAGACAACUUGAGCGUUCAGAUACUACCACGAGGACCACACCACGCGAGCCACGCGGCUACCUGGCCCCUGAGUUGGCAGCAGGGAAGCAUAUUUCUUUUACCGUUGGAUUCUCUGUUCGGUCACGUGAUUUAGAUAAGAAACGAUCUGCGCCUUCUUCAGAUUUCGGCUUCGGGUGCCUGUUUUCGCAACGGUUAAUUAUCCUUCAGCUCUCAUGUGCAUAG